AUGCAGGAUUUUCACAACAAUCGAUCCAGUAGCAGCGACUACGCAAAUUCGACACGCACAGAAGCAGUGUCAUUGCUGGAGAGACGAUAUCCUCCGCCAGCGAAUUCACGAGGGACGGCUCGGUCCAGCCAAUGCUUCUCGUCCACUGAUGAUGCUGCUUGGUCAGCGCCGCAUCCAGUAGUCAUCCAGUCACCACUCCAGAAUUGCGCAGAUCAAAGUCAAGUGUUCUAG